UGUUGUUUUUCUAGCAACAGCUGUGGAAUUAUUUUUUUCGAACAAAUAAGGAUUUUUAUUGUUUAUUCACAUUUUAUAAAAGUAAAUAAAAUGUUUUCCCGAAAAAAGCCAGAGCCACCAAAGAGAAGAAAUCACAAUUUAUCGCAGUUUGGCCUUACGGAUAUACCAGAUGAUUUCGAUCCUAGCUUAGGCUUUGAUGGUGGUGAUGAUGUCGGCAAUCAUAGUGAUUUAGAAGCAGAAUUAGCUGCUCUUGCUGGUGGAGUUAAGAGCGCCAAACCGAAACCCAAAACCCAUCUUGUGCCAGCUAAUGAAUUGGAUAAAAUGAUAGCGGAGAGUUUAAAAGAUGUAGGCAGUGAUGAUGAAGAUGAUGGUGAUGCUGAAAACGAUACUGAGCUGCUAGGUGAAUUGCAAGGAAUUGUUGGUGGAGAAAUAGAGGAAGAUAAUAAUGAAGGCGAUCUGUCGGAAACAAAAUCGAUAGAACCAGAUAGUAAACCCGAACUAUUUUUGCCUACAACUGACAUAAGUACGUUAGAUAUAAUAAAACAACGCAUUGAAAUGUAUAAAUUGGCCGAAGCAAAUGCCAAAACUGUUGGUGAAAGUGCUAAAAUGCGACGUUUCAAUCGUGGUCUCAAAACCUUAAAUGAUCUUCUUAGGCAAGCAAAUGCAGGCAAAUCUAUAAAUGCGGAUGACAUACCUCCCGAGGUUAGUGUAAAACCAGCAGCCAAUAGUGAUUCAGCGGUGUCUGACAAUACUGUGGAGCCUAUCGAAGAGCCUCCAAAAAUACCGACACGUCAAGCUCCAUUGCCACCCUCACCAAAACAAGAGGAAACAAAAGCUGAGGAAAGCGAUCCAACGCCAGCAUCUUUACAAGGCAAUCCUUUAGUUCAACAAAUGCGUUCACGCCAACAAGAAUAUAAAGCAGCGGCCCUCCAAUCCAAACGUUCUGGAGACACUGCUAUGGCAUUGCAGUUUUUAAAAAUUGUCAAACAAUUUGAUGUUGUUGUAAAGAUGUGUGAAGACGGCCAAGAAGUUGAUCUUAGCGAUAUGCCACCACCACCUGAACAAUUUAAAGAGUUUAUGGAAAAAAUGCAAGAUGCAUCAGCCGAACAACCAGUAGAUACAACUCCAACGGUCAUCGAAACUCAAUCGGUUCAGCCAAAUGUUGCAACGGCAACAAACAUCUUGGAGGCUUUACAACAGCGUCUAACCAAAUAUAAAUCGGUCGAAGAGUCAGCAAAAGCUGAGGGAAAUGCCAGUAAAGCCAGAAGAUUUGGACGCAUAGUCAAACAAUAUGAAGAUGCAAUUAAAUCAUAUAAAGCUGGGCGACCUGUGGCCUAUGAUGAACUGCCAGUUCCACCUGGUUUUGAUCCCUUGCCUGUCGAAAAUGCAGUCGCUCCGCCUACACCCCCAAAGAUUGAUUCGGUACCAUCGAGUCCACCUACUGUUUCGACAACUGCAUCGACACCAGAUCCUUCACCAACUGCACCAGCAAAGAAGCCAUCGACUCCGCCCCAACAUAUUGAUUUGACAACACGUACAUCAGGGAAUCAGCAGAAAAACAAUUUGGCCGAACAUCAAAUGAAAAUUUUGCUGGAUCGUCAGAAGGAAUUUAAGUUAGCUGCUAUAGAAGCUAAGAAGGCUGGAGAAAUCGAUCAAGCCAAAGAAUAUUUAAAAAUCUACAAAGGUUUUGAUGCUUUGUUAAAUGCCGCCAGUAGUGGUUUACCUGUAGAUUUAAAUACAUUACCAGUGCCUCCAUCGCAGAGAGAAAAUCUUGAGGCUUCAUUCGCUAUAAUAACAACUGAUGAGUGUGAUCCUGAGGAUGAUAUAUCUGACAUUGGUAUUCGCAUCGAAGAACAAUUGGCCAAACAGCUGAUGAUGUGUAAAAACACAAGGGAUCAUCACAAAGCUAUGGGAGAUAUUGCUGGCAUGAACAGAUUUGAAAAUUUGGCACUGACUGUACAGAAAGAUUUAGAUCUAGUUCGUUAUUCGAAGCGUAAAAAUUUUCCACUGCCAAAAUUCCACUACGAAAAACGUAGUUUCAAUAUUGUCCACUGCAAUACCGACUUGACUGACAACGAAUUGGAAAUUAUUGUCGUACGUGGUUUAAAUUAUAAUGUUCCGAAUCCAAAGGAAGUAGAUACAUAUGUUAAAAUUGAAUUUCCCCUUCUUAAUGAUGAGACGUUCAAAACAAAGACUAUUUUAGUAAAAGAUACUGACAGCCCUGAUUAUGAUCAACAUUUUAAAGUGGAGAUCAUGCGAGGCAACAGACAGUUUCAACGUAUUUUCAAAAGACAUGGAGUGAAAUUUGAAGUCUAUUCACGAGGAUGCAGUUUAUAUUGUUGUGGAUUAAGUCGAAUACUGCCCAUAUGUUGUUUCAGAGGAUUUCUACGUUCGGAUACACUCAUCGGAACCAUAAAUGUCAAAUUGCAACCACUUGAGACAAAAUGUGAUAUACACGAUACAUUUGAUCUUGUAGAAGGACGUAAAAAAGUUGGUGGCAAAUUAGAAAUAAAAUUACGCGUCCGUAAUCCCAUAUUGACCAAACAAAUGGAACACAUUAACGAAAAAUGGUUGGUAAUAGACACCUGAAUGGAGUUGAAAAAAAAUAAUCUUGUGUAUUUAUCUUAAUUAGAAUUUAAGAAAUAUUUUAUUUAUUGAACAAAUUUUAGAAAAGCUCGUAAUUUCUUAUUUGAAUUUAUGUAUUUAGCCAUCUAAAGAAGUACUGGAAUUUCAACUUAUAUACUAAAAAUUAUUUUUAUAACUUUUAAAAAGUUUUUUCAUAAAUGUGUUACAAAUAAUUUAAUUAUUUAAAAGCAAAAAAAUAUAUGUAUAUUAAUUGUUUGCUUUAUUUUUCACUUUAUUUCAAUUGAAUUGUUGCAUUAUUUAACUUCAAUGUACUGUACUUGCGUUGAAAACAUGCUGGUUUUAUUAAAAAUAUCGAUGCCACGUACUUUAUAAAAACCUAAAAAAUAAAUAAUAAAAAUAUUAAUUCAAGUAA